AGUGAUUUAAAAAAAAAAAAACAUGUCUAUUAUGCAUUUGAGUUGAAUUUAUUUUUAUAGCAUUAUAUAUUGUUUCCGUGGAAAGUGAGUGACGUCAGAAGUAUUUAAGGGUCUUGAGAAAGAGAAACCAUGUCAUUCAGCUUUGGACAAGCUACUAGUGGGGGUGGAUUUAGCUUCGGAACCCCGAAAACCACAGCGUCGACCAGCACAGCCCCUGGCUUCUCCCUGCAGACGAGCACUCCAGCAGCGGCAGGAUUCACCUUCGGAGCCAUGCCUCAGCAGCAGUCUCAGGCUCCAGCAGGAAUGUCUCAAAUUGCAGGGCUCCUUGCACAGACCACCACGAGCACUUCAACCUCACAAAGUGGCUUCAGCUUUGGGACUCCAUCACAGAGCAGCACUGUUGGUGGAGGGUUUACUUUUGGCAGUGCUCCAAAACUAGGUCUCGGCCUGACUCCAGCCUCUCAGCCGGCCACUACAGCAGUGACUUUGGGAGGCCUGGUGACCUCCACCACUUCGUCCAGUGGCACAGGCUUCACAUUCGGUGCCCUCCCGACUCAGACUGCAGCUUCAACCCAGCAGUCCACAGGCUUCAGCUUUCCUGGAGCCAAGGUUCAAGCUCCUGCUGCAACUUCAGCACAAAGCACGCCUUCCUUCUCCCUGGGAGGGCAGAGCACAGGUCUCACUCUGGGAGCUGUUGCUCCAGCUUCUGCAGCCUCCUCAACCGGGAUUAACUUUGGAAUCAAGCUUGGAGGAGCUGGAGUCGCUCCUGUUAGUACUGCUGCUGCCAGCCAGGCUGCCCCUGUAUCUUCUCUGUUUGCCACCCCUAUACCCUCCGCUGCUUCUACAGGCUUCAGCUUGGGUAGCUCAACAAGUGCUGCAGCAGCCUCAGCAGCAUCUUCUGCAGUUACAGCCUCCACUGGCUUGACACUCAAACCUCUUGGAGCUGCCACCACCACUGCUACUACCACAGCUGCUGCUCCUACAGUACCCACCACAAGCUUUUCCCUAGGCCUGAAACCUGCUGUCUCUGCUGCACCAGCCACUUCUACAGCUGUGUCCACUGCUGCAGUUACUGCCAGUGCUGCACCAGUGAUGUCAUAUGCCCAGCUGGAGUCCUUGAUCAACAAGUGGAGCUCAGAGUUGGAGGACCAAGAGCGACACUUCCUACAACAGGCCACUCAGGUCAAUGCCUGGGACCGCAUGCUGGUGGAGAAUGGAGAGAAGAUUACAUCCCUUCAUAAGGACAUGGAGAAGGUUAAACUGGACCAAAGAAGGCUGGAUCAGGAGUUGGACUUUAUUCUUUCUCAGCAAAAGGAGCUGGAGGAUCUUCUUGCUCCCUUAGAGGAGUCAGUGAAGGAGCAAAGUGGAACCAUCUAUAUGCAGAAUGCUGAUGAGGAGCGAGAGAGAACGUAUAAGUUGUCAGAAAAUGUUGAUGCUCAGCUGAAGAGAAUGUCCCAAGAUCUGAAGGAGAUCAUCGAGCACCUCAACACCUCCAAUGGGCUGGCCGAUGCAAGUGACCCGCUCCAGCAGAUCUGCAAAAUCCUCAAUGCACACAUGGACUCUCUGCAGUGGGUUGAGCAAAACUCUGUUCUGCUUCAGAGGCGUGUGGAGGAGGUGUCUAAGCUGUGUGAGAGCCGCAGUAAGGAACAGGACAAGAGCUUUCGUCUGAGUUUCCAAUGAUUGACAAAAUGUGGCAGUGUGUUUUGUAAAUGAAGACUGUUUAGCUAAUUCUGUUUGAAUAAAGAUGUUUUUACUGUC